AUGAGUAAUCGAGAUCCUGAAUGGUAUUUUAUGUACUUCCGAAUGGAUUGCGACCAGUUUGAGUGGAUUCUGAAACGUCUGAGACCAGUCUUGGAAAGAAAAUACGUAGUUCGUGAACCGCUAAGUGCAAAACUCAGGCUUAUGGUGACUCUCAGAUUUCUGGCGACAGGAGAUUCUUACUUUACUCUGGCUACCUGCUACCGUAUUGGUAUAUCAACAGUAUGCAAGAUCAUACAAGAAGUUUGUGUUCUGCUAAACGCUCAUCUAGCCCACUAUGCGUUUCCUCCUCUAACAGAAUCCACUUGGAAAACGGUUUCUGAUGAAUUUGCCGUCAAUUGGAAUUUCCCACACACAUGCGGUGCCAUCGAUGGUAAACAUGCAAAAAUCAGAGCACCAAAUAAUAGUGGAUCCCUCUACUGGUGCUACAAGGGAUAUUUCAGUAUUGUGCUCCUUGGUAUCGCUGAUGCUCAUUACAGAUUUUUGUAUGUUAGCAUUGGUUCUUAUGGAUCUUCUUCGGACGGUGGAAUUUUAAAGGAUUCGCAAUUAGGACGUAUCUUAGAGGCAGGAAAAAUUAAUUUUCCCAAAAGUUCUCCCAUCAUUCCAGGAGGAGAAAAUAUUCCCUACUUUUUCGUUGGAGAUGAAGCAUUUGGACUGCGAGAAUGGUGUCAAGUUCCCUAUGCUGGAAGAUUUUUGGGUCAAGACUACCAAAACUUUAAUAUGAGGCUUUCCAGAGCUCGACGUGUCAUUGAAAAUGCAUUCGGAAUCUUAAGUGCGCGAUGGCGCAUUUUUCAUCGUACUAUUUGUGCAGCUCCAGAAACAGUAGAUUCCAUGAUACAAGCUACUGUGACUCUCCACAAUUUGCUGUGCACUAGUAACAAGCACAAUUAUGCGCCGCCAAAAUACACUGAUAGGGAGCAGAAUGGUAGAUUAAUCGAAGGAGAGUGGAGGGAAGAAGUUCGAGGAUCAAUAUUGCAAGACAUUCCUGCAAAUAUUCACAUUGGGUCUCACAACUACACUAGGAAUGCCAGUCGUAUCAGAGAUUACUUGAAGGACUAUGUAAAGGGCAAUAGGAUUUGA